CCUUGAUGACAGCUUUGCACACUCUUGGCAUUCUCACAACCAGUUGUGUUGUGACACGGUAGGGUUGGUAUACAGAAGAUUGCCGUAUUUGGGCUAUUGCAGCAAAUGAAUGCUUCACAUAGUUCAAGUAACAGACAAAUCUCAACAUCAACUGUUCAGAGGAGACUGCUUGAAUCAGUCCUUCAUGGUCGAAUUGCUGCAAAAAAACAACUACUAAAGGACACCAAUAAUAAGAAGAGACUUGAUUGGCCCAAGAAACAUGAGCAAUGGACACUAGAAUGGUGGAGUCCAAAUGCCAGAUAUGGCAAAAAAUUCUGUGCUGUAUUCCAUGACUUAAUCAAAAGAUUACAAUGGUACUAGAACUUGAAUGAUUCAGACUGUUUUCCAUAAGGAAUAUAAAGUAAGUAUGUCAAUUAGGCUCCCUCUUUAUCUAUAUCCAGGCCUCUUAUCAAGAGUUAGGCCUGUUUCCUUAUCAUGGACACACAUUUAAUUAGAAAUCCAUUCCAAUUAAUGAUGAUUUAAUGAAUUCACAGUUAGUCUGGCUCAAGUAGUAGGACAGAUUUCCCUUUUCGGUAAAGCUAGAAUGGGCUUUAGAAUGGGGACAACACACUCAGUUGUUUCCAAACAAACAAACACACAAAGAAAAACUUUUUUAUCACAGGAUAUGACAUAAGAUUUUAGAGAAACCUGAUCAACAAAAACUGAAAAAUAAAUAAACAAAAGCUAAAUAAAAUAAAUAAACAAAAACUGAUAAACAAAAACAAAAAAAGAUUAUGUUCGACAGGUGUGUUCAAGGCUAUGGAAGUUCCAUGGGGUUCAAAACCAUGUACCACCACCUCAUUGUAAUGAUUCAUUUGAACUGACUAGCAAUGGAUCUUAAAAACAAGUUAUUUCUCUCUCUCUCCAUUCAGUCCUGUUCAUCUUGCUCUGUUUCCCCGUCCCCAUGCUUUAUUAUUUUUCCCUGAUGCAGGCCGUGUCAAUAAAAACACACUGCCAUAAAUCACCAAAGUCUGUACACUUAGAUAACUCUCUCACCCAGGCCAGCUAGUCAUUUGACACACACAAGGUCAUCUGGGUCGUAUUCAUUAGGCACAAACAAGAAAAAAAAUGGCCCGAAUGCUUAGGAACUGUCUGUCCAACAAGAAAGUUGUCCAAUAAGAAAUGCUCGUUUUCAUUUUCCAUUAUUGAUUAUGAGCCUGCUGAGCACUGGGCCUAUGUUGCUGCUCUGCUCGCAGCUCAGGGGAGAGGCGGGAUAAGGCAGGUAACCAAGGUGCAGAAAGGACAUACACAGCACAGAAGCCAGAAGUUUUAUGAGACAGUCUACCUAGCUUCACCCUUCACACAGAGGGCUUCACAGUACAGUACAUUAGCACCUGAUGAUUGAUUGAGAUGAUGGACAUAGCUCAUGGUGAAAUAAUCUACAUGGUGAUUUUCAAAGGUUAACAUAUAGCCUAGGUGUGGACGUGUAAGGACUAAUUGCUCAUGUGAGUAAUACUCUUUACUCUGUGAUAUGUAGUGGCUGUGAGGCAUUGGCCUGUGUCCAAUAUGGAACACAGCCAAAUAUAUUUCACAAUGCUGUGUAGAAGAGAGAUGGUUAAAUAAUCAUAGCACUCAGAACAAUGGACAAACAGUCAAAUUAUUUCAUUUAUCAUUUUCAGGGAAGAAUUCUGUGAAACCUUGACUGCCUUCUUCUGCUCUGUAAUCUAUUCUGACCAAUUGAAUCUGACCUGUUUUCCUCUCCCUCCAUCUCUCUCUAGGGGAUCCCUACAUAUCUCAUUACCUGUAUCAUGGCCCUGAGAAAUACCUCUGGAACUAAAGCAGUCCCCAGACUAGUUGUCAAGAUCAUAGGCAGCAAACAGGUCAAGUAUUUCAUCACAGAAGAGACAGACAAGGUGAAUAAAGCAGCUAUUCCUCUGGCCGUUGUGGAUAAUGUGAUGAAGGAACCACCAGACAAACAGGACUCUAUAGUGACCAGGUCACACAGACAAGCUGAGGCUGAGGGGGGUGUGGGGUCAGCUUUUCAGGCUGAGCUCCACAAGGCCUCAAACAGGCUGUGUAUGACAGCUCCCUCUGGUGACCGUUCCCUGUCCUACAUCCAUCAGAAGAACCCAGCUGUCAUAAGAACUAAACUCAAAGUAGGAACAGCAGCAAGGGCAUCUGAGGAGGAAAAGAGAGAUCUACCAGAGGAAGAACAGGAAGACUGUCUCUCAUUGGCCAUCAGUGAGCAGCUGGCUGACUGGCAGGCUUCUUCACCCCUGAGGACCAUUCAGGAGGAAGUGGUUGCAAUUGACUCUGCCCUCAAAGGGACCAUCAGCCAAUCACAGAUCACUCAGGCGUUUCUGAGACACGAGGUUCCACUGAAAUUACCAACAUUCCGUCAGCUCCUCCUAACGUUCUGUGAUGCUGACCAUCCAGAUCAGGUGCAUUACAAAGACCUUGUACAAUUCCUCAGUGGUAUUGUGUUACCCAAAGAGCUACAAGAUGACAUUAAGGCAGAGUUUGGGCAUGUGUCACACACAUCAGAAGUCCCCAAGGGUUGCACUGAGCCCCCACCAGCUUCUGUGGAUCCCAUGGAAACAGAAAGAUGGCUCCAAAGGUUCCAGAGAAUGGAGAGAGCCAUGCACAUAUGUGACAGCCAGAACACCGGUUACAUAGACCAGGACAAAGCCAGACGUCUGAUUCAGAACUACAACCACAUCUUCAACCUGAACCUGAGUCCCCUGAGGAUCAGUGAGGUCACCUACUGUCAUGGAGGGAGAAGACAGGGCAAAGUCCACCUGGACACAGCCCUACAGUACCUAAAGGAACUGUGAUGAAGGUGUUUGGUGAGGACUUGUAAUACUGUAUGUGUGGGGUGUGGUGUGUGUUGAAGACUAGGUUUUUGUCUAUAAGUAAAUAUUGGCAUUAUCUUUGUAGUAGCUACUAUGUAAUGUGAGUCUUGUUUAGAAAGCUACAU